CCAAUUGAGUCACUGAAACGACCGCAGGAGGCGCACCCUAAGCCCAGCUUCUCGGAGCUGCUAUUGCGAAAUACGGCUUCCUUAAUAUCCAAAUUUCAACAAGGGGGCUGGGCUGCUCGCCUUCAUAGAAAGGCGACCGGGCCUAGAUUAGAUGUUCGCCUUUUUAUAGAAUAGAAAGAGAAGGUAAAGGGGGGGGUUUGGAGAUUCUUUCAAGAAUGCAUGGCUUCCUCCUAUUCCGCUUCAACAGAAGCCCUUAAAAUCCUGCUGCUAUGGCAGCAAGGGUUAUCCAUUUCAUAGGCGAGGGUGGGGGAGAAGCAAGCCGAACCUCUGAUCGACCCGGACACGUCAAAAAUUCUCGGCGCCGAGAGAAAGACGAGAUUCAGUAAGUAAUUCAGUGAGUGCUUUCUUUUAUAAGAAGAGCGUCGGCUUGGAAGAAGAAAAUGAAAUACGAACAACCGCGCUGGUUGUAAUAGAUCGACUUGAAUGCGUCUUCUUGCUCCAGCAUUCAAGUUCCAUUUCAAGGGAGGACGACGUACCAUGAUACUUUCUGUUUUGUCGAGCCCUGCUUUGGUCUCUGGUUUGAUGGUUGUACGUGCUAAAAAUCCGGUACAUUCCGUUUUGUUUCCCAUCCUAGUCUUUUGCGACACUUCUGGUUUACUUAUUUUGUUAGGUCUCGACUUCUCCGCUAUGAUCUCCCCAGUAGUUCAUAUAGGAGCUAUUGCCGUUUCAUUCCUAUUCGUGGUUAUGAUGUUCAAUAUUCAAAUAGCGGAGAUUCACGAAGAAGUAUUGCGCUAUUUACCAGUGAGUGGUAUUAUUGGACUGAUCUUUUGGUGGGAAAUGUUCUUCAUUUUAGAUAAUGAAACCAUUCCAUUACUACCAACCCACAGAAAUACGACCUCUCUGAGAUAUACGGUUUAUGCCGGAAAGGUACGAAGUUGGACUAAUUUGGAAACAUUGGGCAAUUUGCUUUAUACCUACUAUUCCGUCUGGUUUUUGGUUUCUAGUCUGAUUUUAUUAGUUGCUAUGAUUGGGGCUAUAGUACUUACUAUGCAUAAGACUACAGAGGUGAAAAGACAGGAUGUAUUCCGACGAAAUGCCUUGGAUUCUAGGAGGAAUAUAAUGAGGAGCAUGACAAUUCCAAACGGAAGCAGAAGGUGCUUUUCGUCCGGAGCGGGGGGACCGCCUGAGAAUUACAAAGAAACCUUUAAAAGGUGGAUUUUGUGCUCAGAAUAUAGGGAUUUCCCUGGCUUAAAAAGCAAUAUAGACAAACUUAUUGCAUUCCUUUCACCUUCCGAGAUCCUAUUCAUGGUGCACACCUUUCCCCGGGACUUUCCUCUGCUCGAGAUCUUGGAACCACGGGAUAUCCGCGAAAUAAUCGCUCACUCGCACAAGCAGUGGAAGCCACCCAAAAAGGGGGGCUAGUAAUUAGUUUUUUUUGGUAGGUUUGUUUUGUUUUGUUUCUCGAAUUGGUAGGUUUCUCGAAGUAGUUUUAGUAGGUUUCUCAGGAAAUAGAGAUACCGAGGCCCACCAACCUACUACUUGUUGGUUUGGUGGGGAAAGAAGAGCGGGAACGAGGGCUUCUUUCACUGUUU